GCGUAUCAGUGCUUGUAUUAUUGUUUACCUUUUAAAAAAUUUAAUGCUUACUGCUUUGCUUUGGUAAUGAUCCUGUAACUAAACCAUACUCUUAAUGUCUGCCAAAGAUCUCCAUUAUUGCCGGCUAUGUAUGGAAAGCUCGAAUUUAAUUUCCAUGUUCUCCGGCAAGUCUCGAAACUGUCGCGACGAUUUUAGGAAAAUGAUUCAGGAAUCUCUAGGAAUUUGUAUUGAGCAAGACAAUACCACCACAACAGUUUGUCUGAAUUGUCUACUAGAUAUUACUUAUUUUCACUUAUUUAAACUGCAUUGUCUUCAAACUGAGAGAAAAUUAAAGAGUCUCGAACUCUCAUCAGCACCCAAACCAAAGAAAUUCAAAUGUCAAAUUACACCUUUAAACACAGUUCCAAGCCCUGACAUUACUAAAACAGAAGAAGCAUUCAAUUGGCUCAAAGCCAAAAGAUCAGCCGUUGAACCUUCAGAACAUUCUCAGUCUUUUUUUGAAAAGGGCACUCAAACUGAUUGUGAAAGAAAUAACAACAUCAAGUUCAGUUCAAGUGGUUGUCAAACAGUUUCUGAUUCUAAGGAUGUGUAUUGUCAGACUUUACAGAGGGCACUGGGGGUAAAACUGUUUAGUGAACACUACUUUGUACCUGCGUCUAAAAAUGGCAGUUUGGGUGAAAAGGAUUUUUUAAAAUUGCCCUUUAAAAAGAGAAAUGAAAGGAUGUUGUUAAAUGGGCAAACUAAGAAAAAGAAAAUCAGUUGCAAUACAUCUGAAAAUGCUUUUCAAAACUCAUCUGAAACUGUGCCUAAAUGGUUUGGCAAAGUGGGUGACGGCAUUACUCAAGAUAGUGGCUCCAGUCAAGAUAAGGAUCAUUGUCUCGUUUUAUCCCAGAGAAGGAAGUCUAUUGAAAUUCAAAGGAAAAAACAAAUAAAUAAUAAUGUGGAUAAAGACCAACUGUUUUCGCCUGAUAUACCACAAACUUGCACGAGCAAAAGAAAAAAUGGUCUUCUCAAUAAUCCAAACUGUGUUACUGCCAAAACGAUUCCUCUAGAAUUAAGUGUAACCUCUGAAGAACAUAUAAAAGAAGAGCGUGUGUCACCUUCAUCCUCCUCACUAUCACCAAUUACGGAUUGCACAGAACUGUUGCAAGUGAACCUCACCAAAGCGGAUAUUGUGGAAUUUUGCUAUUGGUGCGGAAAAACUUUGUACAACAAUCGAGAAAUUAAAAGACACGAAAAAUUGCACAUGCAGUGUCACCUUUGCAAGAAGAAGUUUAAGAGUGUCGAAUUGACGAUGAACCAUUCGACCCUGUGCAAAAUGAAAGCGUUAGGAAAAGAGCAACUCGCCCACCUUUAUGUAGAUUUAGUGAGGAUCGAGGAGGUGGAGGGAGUUAAAGAGAAGUACGCGAAUGCGUUUCAAGGUUUAGCAUGAUGAGGUUAAGAGCAAUCGUUUUUGCAUGGGAGUUUUUGGGUUAAAUAAAACGUUUGUUAUUGGAUUUUUUUAAUAGUAUAAUCAGUUUGGUAUUAAUUUAAAAAAAAUGACAAGGAGAGAUUAUAUAGGAAACUGUGUUUUUAUCAAUUAGAUUUUUCAGCUAAAAAGUAUAGGAAAGAUAAUAAAACUUAAAAUGAGGUCAACUUUGGGAGUCAAGCUGUUCAUCCAAAUGAGAAUAGUUAUCAACGUUUUGUUUAUUUUUUUAACCAAAAUUCGCUGACUCUUUGAUUGAAUUGUUUCUUCCUUCUCAUUUUUUGAAAUUGUAACUUUUUUUCUGUCUAACUUAGCGCCUUUAUGGACCUUUAUGGCCCCAGUUAGUGUUAUUUUCUACAUUUAACAUAUUUUCUUUAAGUUUAGAUUAUUACUCGUUAACACUAGAAAGGCCUCAAAUUGAAAAACUGGUUUUUAAGAAAUGUACCAGACAUAUUAUUUGUAAAGUCACUCCCAUAUUCGGAAAAAUUAAAUAGUUUUAUAGUAUGCAAAAAGAUAGUUAAGUAGUAAACGGAAAAGAUUAUAGUUUUGUCAGUAUAGUUCUUGUCAUCUUUUAUUAUUUUCAACAUACAAUAUAAAAACAAUUUGUUAAUUGCUCCUUGAAUAAAAUGUAUUUUCCAUAAAUA